CUCUAAUCAUCGACACCAUGGUUUGGAGAGACAUUUAUCUAAAGACUAUAAAUCUUGCUAUCGUAGCUGUUUUUCUCUAUUUCAUUUCGUUAACAAUAGCACAAUCUACAACAGUGAAAACAAUUGAAAACAAUGAGUUUUUAGAAGAAAUGCAGUUGUCAACCGAUCCUUCGCCAACAACGACAACAGAACUUAUGGUCACCGCUGACAGUGCUAGAUGCCCUUUGGUUAUCCUGUCACCAGGCUUUGUCUCAACAGAUUUCGGCACCUCCGCACAAUUUAGAGCUAUUGUAGAAUCGAACAACGACCCAGCUCUGGAAUUUAGGUGGUUAAGGCUGCGGUCCAGUAUAACUGAAGCUAUUGACAUUAACCAGCCGAAGUACUCCGGUAGUAAAAACCUUCCCUCUCCAGAGCUAGUGAUUAAUAAUGUCACAUUUGAAGAUGAGAUCAGCUACCAGCUUCAAGUUCGAAUUGUCGGGGGGUGGUGCUUUGGGAAUACAGUUUCUUUGGACGUGAGAGGAAGGUCCAACUUAAGAGCUGUGUACGAUUCCUCCGAAAUAACGACUUCCUUUAUAACAGUGCGGUGGACUCCUCCUUACCUGGACCCGAACCUUGUGCAAUCAUACAGCGUUUCACUACGAGGUCACCAAGACUCGAACUAUUAUGAUAGUGCAUCCGUACAUUUACAAACUAGUUACAUGUACACCUUUUACUCCUCUUUUAUCCCAAGCUUUGACUAUUAUCUCGAAAUCACAUCCAAUAUUUUGCUAAGCGACCCCGAGGAGACGUUUAGCGUGAAAACUGAUCCCAUCACCUUACAUGUAAUUGUUGAUCCACAACCCCCAGGACCUAUUGACCCAACUGCAAGCAAUUUUCAUCCGCAGACACUUCGUCUGAGCUGGUCAAGAUCUCAGUACAGCUCUAAUGUAUAUUAUGAGUAUCGAGUUACAAUAGCCGGGCACUCAUACGUUUCAUCUUCGACCUCAUUAUCCCCGUGGAGAGAACUUGAACCAGGCAGGUACUAUACGGUUCAAAUAGUGGCAGUUACCAAUUAUGGGACACGGAGUCCUGCCUAUAGUUCUAUAAUCCAGACGCUCCGGGUUCCUUAUGUUACCCUUCCUCGCUCAUCAUAUAACAUACCGGUUCAAUCAGACUUUGAAAUGGUGGCAUCGGUUGAAAGCUUCUCCGAUUUCCCCCCUACGACUUCAACAAAAUGGCAAAGAAACGGUCAAGAUAUCAAUAUCAAUGACACCAGAUACAAUGGAAGUACAGAGGAUUUAGUUGCUCCGAAGUUGGUCAUCAACAAGGUGGAUUUUGACAAUGACCAUAGGGCUAACUACCGUUGUAUAGCAACCAAUUCCGAAGGAUCGUGGACCAGCGGAAGUACAAGAUUGCCGCAAGUUUUUAGAGACGUGUACACGGAGUGA